ACUAAAACGGCCUCACAAGAUUGGUGCAAUUUUGGCCCCAAUUUCUUUUUUCUCUGCACUAAAUUUCCUGUCUUCUUCCCAAACUCAACACAUUAACACAAUCUGUCAAUCUAUCUUCUUUUUGAAUAUCCAAAAAUUCCAUUUAUUUUCUUUCUAUUUCUAAAGGCGAUUAUAACGAGAAUUCGUCACUCUAAUAAGUAAGAAAAAAAUGUGGGAAUUAAAAUGCAUAACCCCAACUUCAACUCCCACUACUUUCACUUUCUCUCAACCCCAAACACGCUACUCUCUCACUCCUCAACCCCGCCGUUUUCCUUCUCUUUCUGUUAAUUGUCGUGCUACUAUUGAUCAGAAACCCCUCAUGUCUGAUGACAAAAUGCUUGUUUUUGUACCGCCGCAUCCAUUGAUUAAACAUUGGGUUUCUGUUCUUAGGAAUGAGCAGACUCCAUGCGCUGUUUUCAAGAAUGCAAUGGGUGAGUUGGGGAGGCUACUAAUGUAUGAAGCUUCAAGGGAUUGGUUGCCUAUUAUUGCUGGGGAAAUUCAAACACCUAUUGCUGUCGCCAAAGUUGAAUUUAUUGAUCCAAGGGAGCCUGUGGCGGUUAUUCCUAUUUUAAGAGCUGGUCUUGCACUUGCAGAGCAUGCAGCCACUAUUCUACCCUCAAUGGCAACCUAUCAUGUAGGGGUCAGCAGAGAUGAGGAGACACUUCAGCCAACUGUCUAUUUGAACAAGUUGCCAGAAAAGUUCCCUGAAGGAGCUCGAAUACUUGUUGUGGACCCAAUGUUGGCAACAGGUGGAACAAUAGUUAAAGCAAUUGACCUGUUAAAAGAACGUGGAGUUGGAAACAAACAAAUUAAAGUGAUUUCAGCCGUCGCUGCUCCUCCAGCACUCACAAAGCUCAGCGAAAAGUUUCCAGGGAUUCAUGUAUACACUGGAAUCAUUGAUGAAGUUGUUAAUGAAAAGGGGUUCAUUAUUCCUGGCCUUGGUGAUGCUGGAGAUCGUAGCUUUGGCACAUGAGGUGACUGGAGUUAAAUUUUCAUGCAUCAUAUUAAAAGUUUUGACAUCUUGGGUUCAUGUGAUGCCCAGAUUUGACUGAAUGUUAUCGAAGGUGGUACAUGCUAGAUCAACGGCUUUUGUUAAUUUUUUUUUCGCGAGCCACAUAUGAAAAUUAUGUCUUUGUAUGAACUGUUGAGCCUUUUUAUUAGACUAAUCAUUUUCAAUUGUAAAACUCUCAUUAAUGUACUCCGUUCCUUUUUGAUGUUUAAUCGACUUUUAUUGAUUU